AUGAGUGCGGAAAUUUCGAAAGAUGCCUCUGGAAAUUCCACAUCCAUAGCCGUUUCGAAUCGUAAUCAGGCACCACCCCCACCGCCAACAGCUGCCGGUCGUCCGCCGACAUCAUUACUUUUUUCGCGCGGAAAUUUAGUGAGCAGCCGCUUGGGAGGCGAUAAAACGGCACUAGCACGUCCCUCAACGGCUGUACGUGCCGUGGGUUAUGCAGCCAAUAACAGCGGCUCCGCUGGCCAACGUUUUGAUCAAUUUUUUGUGGAAAAGGCCAGACAACAAACAUUGUCCUCAGCCAAUGCAGCCAUCGUUGCCACCAAAGAAGUGAGUCCCCAGAUAAAAUACAAAAAUCUUGAAGCAAAAAUUGUAAAACUAUUGGAAUCAUCAAUUGUUAUAGCGGCUAAGGCAACCACUUCAGAAAAGCUUGGAAUAUCAUCCAUAGAGGAGAGUUCAUCAGCUGAGCAUAAAGCAACAUUGUCUGAGGCGCUCAACAAAGCGAAAGAAGCUUUUUCUCUAGAUCGUACUUUGCAUCGGUUUCGCGAUCAACAUGGCGAAAACAUAUUUCACAAUUUCGAUCUGACGUAUGCUGUUUUCUUUAAUCUGGCCGAACAAUACGAACGGAAUGACAUGCACAUUGAGGCCCUCAACACAUACAGCAUCAUGACAAAGAAUAAAAUGUUUCCACAUGUGAAUCAGCUAAAACUGAAUAUGGGAAACAUUUACUAUCGCAUGGGCAUUUAUCCAAAGGCGAUAAAAAUGUAUCGCAUGGCAUUGGAUUCGGUGCCCAAUAAUUUAAAACAAUUACGCCUUAAAAUCACCCAAAACAUUGGCAUAAUUUUUGUGCGCAUGGGCCAGUAUGCUGAUGCGGCAGCUAGCUUUGAAUUUAUCAUGUCGGAACGUGCGGAUAUACGCAGCGGAAUCCACUUGAUAUUGUGCUAUUAUGCCAUGGGUGAUGUGGAUAAAAUAAAGAGCACUUUUAGAAAUUUAUGUGAUGUGCAACCGAUGGAGGCUGAAAAGGAUUUGGACAACGAAAAUAGCAUACUUAAGCUGCAACAACAUGUGGUUAGUGAACAAAAGCAUCACCCACAAACACAUCCCCAACGUCAGCUACAGCAUCAGGACGAAUUCGAACACUCACCAACAGCCGAAAUUGAAGUAAUCAAUAGUGGUAAUGGUAGUAGCAUUGGCAGUGUUGCUGGUGCUGGCGGCAAUAGUUUUGAUCUGAAUGAAAAUAAAAAUAGAGGGUCGGAAAAUGUUAACACUGUUGAUGGAGGCGGAAACAGUGAUGUUGCUGGUGCAACAAACGAACAACGUCCCAAGACUGGUUCAAGAGCUGCAGACCGCAAUGGAUUCAUAUUUCAGUCGUUAAAGUCCGACGAGUUGGCAAUUUAUAUUAAACAACGUAAAAAUAGCGAAAAACGUGCCAUAACAAUGAUUGUUGAUUUAAUUUCACCCAUAAUUGAGGAGAACUACAAUGAUGGUUACAACUGGUGCAUCGAAGUCAUUAAAACAUCCAAUCUGUCAUGGCUCGCCAGCGAAUUGGAAUUAAAUAAAGCUCUAGUAUAUUUACGUCAGAACGAUGUCAAUCAGGCAAUUGAAACGCUGCAAAUGUACGACCGCAAAUGUGAAGGAUCCAUGACAGCAAGUGCUUUGACCAAUUUAACUUUCAUUUAUAUCAAUCUUGGUAACUUGGAAAUGGCCAGUCACUGUGUUCAACAAAUGAAUGAAAUUGGAGCUUUACACACCAACGCGAUGGCUUUGGUUAAUGCCAGCAUCAUUGACUAUCAAAAGCAAAAUUAUACAGCCGCACGAAAUAAAUUAGAGAGAGCAUUGCAAAUACAACCGGAUAAUUUUGAAGCUAAUUACAAUUUGGGAUUAGUGGCAAUGAAUGAAAGCGAUUACGCAUUGGCCGAGGAACAGUUCGAGAAUUUAAAGACACAAUUGAUAGUUCCGCACUCGGUGCAGCACAGUCAUGUCUACUAUCAAUUGGCCAAGUUGCAGGAGAAAAUGAAUACAACCACCAUAGGUGGAGGUAACUUUAAAUUAACGAACACCUCUACAGCACUGCAAUCAUAUUUACAGGUUUUGGGCAUAUCAGCUGGAGAGAUUGACUCACAUUUGUUUGAAAAAGUCGGUUCAAUUUACGAACAAUUAAAUGAUCACCAAGAAGCGAACCAAUACUACAAUGAGGCGUAUCGUAUAAAUCCCAGUGAUAUUAAUAUUGCCAGUUCCAUAGGAUCGUAUUAUAUCAAACUGCAGGCCAUUGAAAAAGCCUUGUACUAUUAUGAAAGGGCCGUUUUGGCUGAUCCUAAUGAUCCAAAUCUAAUGUUGCGCAUUGCCAGCUGUUUCCGUAAUUCCUAUUUGCCACCCAAGCAAUAUUUGGGCAUGUUUGAGAAAAUCUACACCAUGUUUCCCGAUAAUAUAAAUUGCAUAAGAGCUUUGGUGCAGGUAACAAAAAGUUUGGGUAUGUCUGAAUUGAAUGAGAAAUAUUCUCUCGAAUAUGCUAGACUGCACAAGGCCCAAAUGGAGCGAGAGAACGAGCAGCGUUAUCAGCAGCAACGUUUGUCAUCAGCAGCAUCGGGAAGAAUUGGCAGUAGUCGUCUAAGAGCUUUUCGUAAUCAAAAUGAGAACAGUUUUACGGGCAGAUUGCCAGACUCAUCUAUUGACAAUGUUGUAUCAAAUGCCAUCACAGCCAAUUUUAAUGGAGAUCAUUAUGUUCGCUCUACCGAUACAGCCUUCUCAGCUCACCAUACCGAUCCUCUAGGACCCCCAGCUGAACGUCCUCGUACUGGUAUGAUAAAACACGAUGCUAGUCAAGAUUCCGAUGAUGAGGAAAUAAAUGCUGAAAGUUUGUUACCCAUUUAGUUCUGCUCAAUUUAUAUUUAGUUUGUUGUUGCCUUAAAUACGCUUUAAUUUAUUUCACUUAAGACAAUUAAAGACCUACUAAAUGAUUAAUUAAUCAAAUAAUACACACAAUAAAUAUCAAACACAAC